AUGUCAGUCAGGCCGUCCGAGAAAAGGGUUCAUGUCCCUGCGAACGACUCCGAUCGGAAGGAUGAGGAAUUCCCGAUUGAUAAUGGUCUCGGAGCGGCGCCGAUUAUCGCAGCGCCACGAGUCAAUGAGUCCGAAGCCAGCGAACACGUCGACGGCGGCUUUUUGGCCUGGCUGCAGGUAGCAGGGUGUUGUUUUCUCUACUGGAACAGCUUGGGGCUCAUCAACGCAUUCGGCGCUUUCCAGACCUUCUAUGAGACCCAGCUUCUCCGAGAGGCGUCAGCCUCAGCAAUCUCCUGGAUUGGUUCGAUACAGAUGUUUCUCCUCUUGGCAACUGGACCCAUCAUUGGCCCAUUGUAUGAUGCAGGCCAUUGCAGACUCUUGCUGUACAUCGGCGCAUUCCUCGUCGUCUUCGGCUUCAUGAUGACCAGUCUCUGCACCGCGUACUGGCAAGUCAUACUAGCCCACGCCAUCUGCGUCGGCCUCGGGGCUGGCUUCUUGACCAUCCCGGCCAUUGCAAUCGUCCCUGCGUACUUCCAGACCAGGCGCGCCCAGGCGAUGACCACGGCCAGUAUCGGAAGCUGCCUCGGCGGGACGAUCUAUCCGCUCAUCUUCCAAGAAUUGCAGCCUCGCAUCGGAUUUUCCUGGACUGUCCGCAUACUGGGCUUUCUUACGUGUGCCAUGUGCUGCUUCUCCUUGGCCGUUCUGCGCCCCCGCCACCGCGGCCAGCGUCAAUUGCAGGGUGUCCGGUCCCUCGUAGAUCGCACGGCAUUUAGGAGCGCACCCUACUGCCUGUACUCGGUCGGGGUCUUCUUCAGCAACCUUGCCUGGUUUGUGCCGGUGUUUUACAUCCAGACGUAUGCGCUCUCCCAUGGAUUGGAAGCGCAGCCCGUAGCCUUGUAUCUGGUUGCCAUCAUGAACGCUGCGUCGAUUCCUGGCCGGAUCUUGUUGGGAAUCCUGUCUGAUAUACUGGGGCCCGUCAACACCUUCGUCUUCAUCACGGCCUCCACCACGAUUGUGGUCUUUUCCUGGCCCGCGGUGAGCACAGGGGCGGGGAACAUUUCUUUCUCCGUGUUUUACGGCUUCUUCUCAGGGAGCCUGGUAGCUGUGGCUCCCGUUGUGUUGACGUCGUUUACAAAGGACAUGAAGGUGCUGGGGACGCGCCUUGGAAUGGUGGCAUUCCUCAAGAGUAUGGCUUCUUUGAUCGGUUCCCCCAUCGCUGGUGCUAUUCUGGGAGAGUCGCGCAAUUAUCUCGGCCUUCAACUCUUCCCCGGGAUUUCCUUUACGAUCACGGCGGCGUUUAUGGUGGCGUUGCGCUCAGUGCUUGCAAAGACGGAAUCGAAAACGAAGAUAUGA